AUGGCUCAAGCACUGAGCGGCUCAGCCUCCGUAGUUUCACAAUUCGCUGUCCCCGCAGCUGACGUGUCGACCCAUCUCCGUAAAGGACCAGUGGCUGCCACGUGGCACGCUACUGCAACAGAUGGCGUUGCGGCCCGGGCUUCCGCUCUUCCAGCACUGCGUGCCCGACACGCGACCAGAGGAGCCUCGUUGAGAGUUCGCGCAUCGACGCCAGUGGAUUAUGACUCCUCACAGGAUGCAACGGAGACGGAGGAGGAAGGAACUGACUCCGCUGCUGUCUCCAUCGAGCGCAUUUUGAAGCAGGCGGCGGACGCGUACCAGUCGGAGGACGAGGCGGCGGUGGCGACGGUGGAGGCGCAGCUGCGCGCCAUGGAGGCCGACCGCCAGGGCCUCGCUGAGCGCCUUGAGUCGCUCACAACUGAGAUCUCAUCGGCCAAGGACCGUUUUCUGCGGCUGAAUGCGGAUUUUGACAAUUUCAGGAAGCGGUCGGAGCGGGAGAAGCUGGCCAUGGCGGCCACGGUGCGCAGCGACGUGGUGGAGGCGCUGCUGCCCAUGAUCGACUCGUUUGAGCGCGCUAAGGACAGUGUUAAGGCGGAGACGGAAGCGGAGAAGAAGAUCGACGGUGCUUACCAGGGGAUCUACCGGCAGUUUGUGGAGGUGCUGCGAGGGCUUGGCGUGGCUGCCGUGGAGACGGUUGGCAAGGAGUUUGAUCCCAAUGUGCACGAUGCCAUCAUGCGGGAAGACUCCACAGAGUUCCCCGAGGGGGUGGUCACUCAGGAGUUCCGCAAGGGCUUUGUCAUCGGGGAGAAGCUCAUCCGCCCCUCCAUGGUCAAGGUUUCCGCCGGCCCAGGGCCCGCUGGUGCUGGUGAAGCUGCUGCUGCUGAUGGUGCUGCUGCUGCUGCUGCUGGUGAUGGUGUGUCGGAUGGAUCAGAAGCAGAGGGUGGGGAGAAGUCGGAGUAG